AUGCACCGUCGAAGCCGUCCAGUUGUAUAUGACGAUGUCAUGGAUGACAUGGAGGAGAUCUAUAUGAAGGGCGAGCCAGUACAAAUCGAUCGGGACCUACGCUACGCCCACGGCCAUGGCCAUGGUCAUCGAAUGCCCCGUGCACCAGGGCCACCACCACCACCACCCGCUGUUGAGAUACUCCCAGACCGUCGCAACCACAGAGGCCGCUCAAAGCCAGAGUACCUGCAUGAAGAUCUGGAAUAUCUCCGAGACGAUGUUUUGGCUGCUGAACGGCGCGCGCGACUUGACCUGGACGCAUACCGCGCCGAAGAAGCUAGAAAGUUGAAAGAAGAAGUGUUCAACACUUACGAGCCUCGACUACGGCAUCAACCUCAACCUAGACACCGUGGCAGGCGACGCUCAAAAAUUUCGGAUGUCGAAGAGGUGUACUUUUCUCAUGAUGAUUCAGAUCACGAUCAUAUCGAUAGCGAAUCUGAUGAAAUGGACGAAUUUAUUGAAAAGAAGCGAUCGAUGUCUCGGAAUGAACUGGAUCCUCGCAAGGGGCCCUUACCGCGCAGCAAAAGCUUGAAAGAAGAAAAGCGAGCACAGCGGUCAGUAUAUGGUGAUGGCUUAUACCCUAAGAACAGCCGCUCGCUUGAGGAAUAUGAGAGAGAAAGAAAAGGGCCACGUCCAAAUGCUGUUACGCGCCCACGUCACAGAUCACAUUACCAUGUUGACCUGGAAUCGGAGGAGACCGAUGAAAGUGAUGAGAGUGUGGAUGUUAUUCCUCAACGUGGUGGACGGGGAGUAGUACGGAGAAAUCAUGUCGAGCAGGAAAGAUACUCUGCCCGGAGGCGAGAAACAUCCUCUUUGUCAUCGUCAUCGCCUGAAUCUGCUGGGUCGUCUGCGGAUGAACUUCCCAAGGUACCUUUACCAGUCCCAGUGCCACCAGUCUAUAAAGAGUCGUCUAGGAGACAUAAACCUCUCGGUCAUGCACCAGUGCAUCAAAUAUCUCGUCCUCCUAGCCCCCCUAGCCCGCCGAGAUCGCCCAGUCCACCUCGCGUCCCAAGUUUAGAGACUGUUCUCAACGAGCGUGAGCUUCGUCAUAGAAAAAAGCUAGAGAAAGCGGCCAAAGAAGAGAUUGAGAUUGAAAGACGAAGCAGAGAAUCGCUUCAACUGUCAUCCGACUCGCGCCCUAGACGGAAGAAAGGAAAGCCUAUAGCCAUAGUCGAGCAGCCUGAAGUUGCCGAACGCAGGGAACUCCUCGUAGAAGCGGAGCGAGCUGACCCACGAGUUACAUACAAGGAGCGCGAGCGCGAGAUUAUCGAAGAAGACUACCGACGAAGUUCACCUCACAGCGAUAGCACGGACGACUGGGCCAUUGUCUCAGCGCCCUCGAAGUACAGUCCCGAGAGAGAACCCCCAGUUGUCGAUGUCCGCGAGGAACCAUCGAGGCCCCGACACAAAAGGAAUCCCGUCAAACCCCCUAUCGACGAGGUCAGAGAUCCCAAACCCAAAGGCGAUAAUCCCCGCGGCAAAGUAGGCCCGCGCUACAUCGGCAUCAAAGACCGCCGCGAGCGCCUCUGGACCGAGAUCACCAAGGAAUUAGUCGUGCGCGAGGCGAUCGAGCGUGCAGGAUACGAGUACGAGGAGCUGGACACGUCCUACUAUAUCUUCUCUUAUCUCCAUCCUGACGACGUAUCCGCACUCAUCGAAGACUCAGAUAACAUCCGAGGGGCACGCCGGCGUCGUAUUCAAGAGAUCCAGCGUGAGCGCGCGUCAAUGCCCCUGCCCUCGUCUUCACGGUGA